AUGAGGGCGGAGCAGACCGGCCUUCCCCUCGCAGAAACGCUGCGUAGACUGGGCUCUGCACUUCUCGAAGAGGGGGAAUCUGAGCAUGCCACACAGGCCACGGACUACUUACACCAGAGCUUGCAAAUUCAGCGCUGCCUUCACGAAGGCACGCCUCAUCUCAGUGUCGCUCGAACGCUGUAUGACCUGGGUCGCGCAAGCAGCAUUCUCAAAAAUCGAGAACAAGCCAUGCAGUACUUUCACGAGUCCUUGGAGCUGAGCCAGCGCUUGCACCCCCAUGGCGACCGCGAAACUUUUUCGACUCUGUACCGUCUCAGCAACGAGCUUGUUUUGUCUGCGGAAUUCCGGCAAGCCCGGGUGUUUAUAGAGAAAGCUCUGAACUUGGCAGAAAGCCUAUGGACUGCGAGCAUUGCGCACACUGCUCGUGAGCAUGACUUAUCUUGGGUUGCACUGCUUCUGCCGCAGGAGCUGAUAGAAGCAGGCGAUGAUUGGGCGGACAACUUUCGGGAGGCUCUCCGUGGCCGCGACCUGGAGUUCUGCCGCGUUCUCACUGCCAGGGACGAGCCCUUGACAGUUCUCCCGUCAGCAGACUCCGCCGACUUGAUUGAUUUACCUCUCCCUGAAGAUUUUCCAUUGCAGGUGUGGCUCAAGGCCCCCGGCAGCGAAGACCGCCGGACCUUAACAGCCCUUCUCAACUUUGCUGCCUUUUGGGAUUGGUGCAUCCAUAUUGGCGACCGAGCCUUCCAGGAGGUCGCGGAAUCAGUCGACGUCGGUUAUUGGGAAGAAAGCUUUCGGGAGCUCCUCCGAGGACGUGACCUGGAGUUUUGCCUGGAACAGGCUGUUCAGGCCGCGACAAGCUGUCUUCAAAAGUCUCUACGAGCGGUAGGCUGUCUUGCAGAAGACGAAGGCAAGGAGUUCAGAGCAAACGCACUGUAUGGACUGGGACAGCUGCACAUGCUCGUCAAGGACUUCGAGGUGGCAGUCUGCUACCUGCAAGAAGCAUUAAGCAUGAAGAGAUCUUUGUGCCCCCGUGACCGCGUCACUGCCAGCAUCGCAAAGACAUUGUGCUUCCUGGGUCAAGCCACAUUCCACACCGGCAAGCUCGAUCUCGCCAUGCAGUUCCUCACACAGUCUUUGGACGCGUGGCUUUCCGUCUGUGCUGCCCUGGCUAUCUCGGAUGAGUCUCCAUUGAGACGACAGUAUGAAGAGUGCGUAGGCAAAUUGCGGAGGUAUGUGCUCAUGCGAGAAGAGGUGCAUAACAAUCCUUCGGAGCUGGAAGACGCACUGGCGCUUCUUUUGAACAUACACUGUCAGACACGCAGGCUGCUGUCAUUUCAGCACGAUCCGGCACUGUUUGCGGCUAAGGAGACGGUCGAAUUCCUGAUCGAUGUGUUGCCCAAAAUGUUUUCUUGUAAUCCGUUGUCAGAACCGACGCUGCCCUUCGAACUCCGGCUGUCGUUCUGGCUCGUCGCGUUCGCAAUGCUAUCGAGGCCAUUCCAGAAAAUUCUCACCGGUGAGGACGAAGAGGGUGAUGAUGAGGCAGAAGAUGAGGAGGAUCAGGAUGGGCUGGACAUGGACGACUGGAAGGCGGGCACCGAAGCAGAAGAUCUCGGAGAAGAGGGUGCAGAUGCCGACGAUGAGGAGGAGGAAGACGAGGACGGAGACGACGAGGAGGGCGCCGACGAGGGCAACUUGUCCUCGAUUCUUUGGUGUUUAGGCGCACUGCGGAAAGUGGUGCCUGGAAGCAAUGGCGGCGAGAUCCGCUUCCAAGUCGUGAUCGGCGAUGGCACGGAAGUGGCUCUCAAGUCCCAGAAGCUGGAGUUGAACAUCGAGAAGAAAGGCGAGAUGAGCGCUUAUGCGAAGAUGAUGCUCAACACAGCAGGCCGGGGCGAGCUGGCAGCAGACAUCGGUGGCUACUCCUCGCUCUCCGAGUCAGAGGAGGAAGGAAGCGCAGCCUCGCGUCCGAGCGCAAGAUCGGCCGCCUUUCGUCGGCAGCGAGGUCUCGAAAACAUCGGAGAGGCCAGGCGCCUGGAGGAGGGCGGGCGCCACGCAGCGAGGAAUCGCAUGUAUGAUUUUGCUGAUGCAAAAGAUCCCGAUCGCGAGCUGCUGGGGAGCAUGGUCACCCUGAGAGGUCUGGUCAACAACAGGGACUUGAAUGGGCGCAGAGGCAGGGUGACCGCAAAGAAGGGGGAAGGGGAGGGCCGGGAGGGCGACGAGGCGCGCUUCGUCGUGGAGCUCGACGGGGAGUGCAAGGAGCAGAAGGUGGUGAAGCGCCGCCACCUGCAGUUUGUGGACGCGCGGGAGGCAUGGGAGCACGAGCAUGCGGCUUCAAGCAGCAGUGCGAAAGGACGGGGAAAGGGUGCGCAGCCGCCUUCUCGGAGUGAUGCAGCUGAGCCAAAGCCCGGCAUCGGCAAAGAGACGAGUGAAGCGAAGCGAAAGCCAAAGGCGAAGGCCCAGGUGAAAGCCGCGCCCAAAGCAACGGAGCCGGACUGGAAGAAGGUCUUUCCAGCAGAGGACUCCAUUCGACUGCGCGACUUGCUGCAGGAGGAGGUCAGCAUGGGAUCUGGCAGCCGUAUUUCAGCCAGGAAGCUAGAAGAGCUCUUGCGUGAGAGGCAUUCAGCGCUGCUGGACGUGGCGAAGCGGUACGUAGAUGCUGUGUUCAGAAGCCGUAGCAAGAAGCAGGCGAAGCUGGAUCGGCAUCAGGGCUUGACAGGCCGCACACACUGGCUGGGGCGCUUCGCAGUGCUUGAAAAGCUGGAAAGCGACUUCCGCUUCGACUUCCAAGCCAACGCAUUCUGCCGCGGGCACGGCGACGACGGCGCCGACGAGGGUGUCGAGGGCGAGGGCGACGAUGAGGGCGACGAGGCCGAAGAGCCUGAGCCGGGCAGCGGAGCUGAGGAGGUCGAGGCAGAGAUCCCGAGAUGCGAGUCUUUCACUCCGAUUCCCGAGCCUCCCCCUGUCUCGGAGCCUGGACAGACAGAGGAGGACGUGCCGGAAGAAGGUGAUGCCGCGAAAGCCCCGCCAGAACUGCCAGAGGAGCAGAAGUCUGCUGAGCCCGAGGUGUUCGAGCCUGCGCCGGAGCGCGCGGUGCAUCGAUUCUACGGUUUUGAGGCUGGAAGUAUUUUCUUCAUUCCUCCCUGUGAGCUCUACUUCACCCAAGACUCCAUCAAGUCUGGUUUUAAAGAUAACGGUAGUUUUGGCCACAGCUCCGGCUACAGCUCCAGUGACUCACCGGGACCAGCCAGGGACUCUGUGAAGACAAGCUCGGUGCGCGAGAUGUUUGAUGCAAUCCUAGAACGACGAAUGCUGAAGCGGGAGGUUGAAAUGAUGGAUGUCGUCUUCCACGAAGGAUAUUACUACAGCAUCUGCAACCGGCGACUGGCCGUCUACUUGUUGCUGUGGCUUUGCGGCCGAUGCCCGCGCUUGAAGGUACAGCUUGUGAGCAAAACAGACCGGAAAAUGCACUGGGAUCGCCGUUUCACCACUGAGUGUGACGGAGAUUGGAUUCUAAUUCGCCAGACGGGGGAGGCGAUCGGCCGGCGAUUUCAGGACACCACCUUCAAGCAUCCGGAAUUAACCAGGGCAUUAAGCAGAGCUGGAGGCCAGGCCAGGAAGUGA